UGUUUGACGAAGCAUUCCUAUUUUAAAAAAAUCUCAUUGUUUACCACGGGAAGUAGGCGGAGUUAUAUCCAUAUUUGGAACUUAAAUGACCUAUAACCUUUUAGUCGCCAUUUUGUUGAUGUUUCCUGUUGCAAUUUGUUUUGAGGAAAUUCGUCGGCAUUGUCAAAAUCUGCGCUUGUAAUGGUCACUGAAGUGUAAAGAUUGUACUUCAGUAGGAUUUGCAUUGGUUUGAUAUGAAUGGGGUUGGAGUGUUAGAGGAGGGAAGAAGUUCAAGCCAACGACAGGUGUGCUGCCUAAUUGACUGCUCCUACCCCUGCGAACGCACUGCAGGCAACGCUAGCUACAGCAAGCGCAUCCAGAAGACUGUGCAACAGAGGCGACUGCAGCUCAUCAGAGACGAUAGUGUGAACCACAUUUACAUUUGCAACUACCACAAGGAUAUGAUCCAAAACGCAAGGAUGAAGCGUAAACGUCGUGACAGCGAAGAUAACGAUGGGUCUCCAGAAGGGGAAGAAGAUAUUCCAGAGAUUGAUUUCUUCCAAAUGCCUGUGAACACUUUACGUCGGUACAAGCGUCACUACAAAUUACCAGCCCGACCGGGUAUGAACAAGGCACAGCUGUCUGAUACGGUUGCAAGGCAUUUCAAGUCCAUUCCGGUGGUAGAGAAAGAAGCAUUGACUUAUUUUAUAUACAUGGCCAAAAACUUUAAAAGUCGCUUUGAUCAGAAGUAUAGUAUGGAUCUGUCAAACUGAUCCUCUUACUUGAAUGAAAGCUAAGUGAUUGUGUGAACAAUUUUAGGAGUUUUUGAGUCACUGUGUGAUUCAAGUAUAUAUUAAAGAUAUGAGUGAAUGAUUUCACAGAAGAUUUGUAUGCUAGUUGAUGCAUUUUGGUAAAUGAAAAUAAACAUUGAAAUUCUA